AUGGGCCUAGUCGUACGGAACAGCGCCUACGACAAACCAGCCGCCAUUAACGACCGGCAGCCGCAGCAGAUAUGUGUGCGUGGGCACGUGGAAGCCGUGCUUGAGAAGCACGAUAAGCAAACGAUGCCCCACAUUAACGAAGAGAGCUUUGUGUUCCCUGCAGUCUGGGACUUCGCAGGCAACGCCUCCGGUGGUUCGCGUAUUCUGGUGAUCUGGCUUGCAACUUGUCGCGGAGGCAGGCUGGGAAUCCCGACCGGGAUGUGCUGUGUGUUCGAGCGCUACAAACUGCGGAGCACUGACCUGUGGCCAGCCUCUGGUGAGGACUACUGUCGUCGCUUGGACCGACCUGCUACUUUGCCAGCACAGCCUCUUAUGCUGAUGACACAUGGAGGACAACCGCUGCCCUCCGAAAAGCUUCCUCAGCGCGGCCUUUGCAGGCAAGAUAGCAUCGACGAAACGCGGAAGUCGUUUUUCCGCGGUCGGAACUCCGCGAUUGAGAACAACAGUUCUAAGAUCCUUGUGCAUGAGCGCAGCUUAAACUGGAGCUACUCCAUCCCCUCUGAGCUGUCAGAAGUGCACGCACGCAGCCUCUCUGUUCAGCAACCACCGCUAUCGGGGAUGCCUGGGCAAUGA